UUAUUCACACAAACGCAGGCGCACACACACGGCCAUACGCGCGCGCUGCUGACAGAAUCCAGCUUGCAAUGUUCGAUUCAGUUCACAGAAUCGGUUCAUUCAGAUGGUUCGUAGUUUGAUCAGUGUUCAUACAAGUUAAUGCGUUUUAGCACUGUGUUUGGUCACCAAUGUAGUCUGUAGAUUGUGUUAACUCAGUUAUGCUAACGUUAGCGUCUAAGACAUAAACAACAAUAUUGCUAUUGAACUACUAUAAGAGCAAACAGGUGUUUGACUAGACACCAUAGAUCAAAACGUGCAGUUUAGAUGACUAAUUUCUGAAGAAUUGCUCCAAAAACAAAAUAUGAAUGAUAGUAAUGUUAAUCUUUUGGACUGAACAUUAAUUUAUCUCCACUCUAAUACAGAAACACAGCAGUGAUUGAUGAAUCGACUCGACUGAAUUGCUAUAAGGAAUCAGUUCAAAAGAACCGUUCGUUCGCGAAUCGAACGCCACUUCCACGGAGCGAUCGAACCCCUCCCAGUUACUCCCGUGGCUUUUGCCACGAACAUCAGCCAACAACCUCCAAAUAUGCGAGAGUGGAGAUGAAAUAGGGACCGAGAGCGUCUGAUCUGAUGUCUGAAUGAUUCCCCGAGGAUGUGAGAGUCACGGAUGCGGCGAUCGAUGAGUGUUUCUGUCGCAGGCUCACACAGACGAUGAGAGCUGCCGAGACCCAUAGCUCUUGCUGACGGCGCCAUCCCGCAAUGGGGCUCCCGUGAACGGCCUCGGCGUCGAGUAUGUUGGCCGGCUGUCAGCAUGACGCCGCUGGACCUGUGGCUUUCGCGCUCCAUCCCCAUGUGUCUGCUGCUCCAGAGCCUGGUGCUUAUGGUCCUGUGCUUUCCAUCUGCCAGCACCUGUCCUAAAGGCUGCACAUGCCAGCGAUCAGAAAGCCCCCCACAUGGCCUCAACGUCACCUGUAGCCUUUCUCGCUUGAAGGAGAUCCCUCCCGACGUCCCACCGGACACCCAAUUACUCCAGCUGGACAGAAACCACAUAUCAUUGGUGCCCGACCGCAUAUUUCAUGGCUUGAGGAUGCUACGGAGACUCAAUCUAUCCCAUAAUGCUGUGGAAACACUAGGCGAGGGGGCGUUCAUUGGUUUGGAGGGCUCUCUGGAGGUAUUGGACUUGUCAUAUAAUAGGAUCACUAGCGUGCACAAGGAUGCAUUUGCGCGUUUGAAGGCGCGUGUGGUGGUGGACAAUAACCCUUGGCAUUGCGACUGUGCGCUGCAGCAGGCGUUGGGAGGUAUGGCGCACAAUCACGAACGUGUGCUGUGCCGGAGCUCGGAGCUGAGAGACCAGGAGGGCCAGCCGUUCAUGGCUGUGGACGCCGAUUUGUGCAACCUGGCCAAACGGACCACCGACUACGCCAUGUUGGUGACCAUGUUUGGCUGGUUUGCGAUGGUUAUCUCUUAUGUUGUGUACUAUGUACGGCAGAACCAGGAAGAUGCCAGACGACAUCUUGAGUAUCUGAAAUCGCUUCCCAGCAAACCCAAGAAACCGGACGAACCGGAGGACAUCAGUACAGUGGUGUGACUUUUGUGUGUGAUUAAAGGCCUGUUCAGAUUAAGAAGGACAAUUGUGAUGACCAGUUGAAUUUAAGUCUACAAUGCAUUCACAGAGAAUGGACCCUUUUCACAUUACUGGGUUUUCAGAAGUCGUCAUAGCUGGUAAACUUAAAGCACGUUUUUUGCAUUUUUGGCAUUUCGCUCAGCCCUAUCAAAAUAUAUAUCAUUAUCGUUCAAUAUGGAAAAUAAUUAUCGAGAUUGCAUUUUUGCCAUAUCGCCCAGCCCUAACGAAAUAUUUAACGUUAAUAUUCGAUAUGGAAAACAAUAUCGAGAUUGCAUUUUUGCCAUAUCGCCCAGCCCUAACGAAAUAUUUAACGUUAAUAUUCGAUAUGGAAAACAAUUAUCGAGAUUGCAUUUUUGCCAUAUCGCUCAGCCCUAACGAAAUAUUUAACGUUAAUAUUCGAUAUGGAAAACAAUAUCGAGAUUGCAUUUUUGCCAUAUCGCCCAGCCCUAACGAAAUAUUUAACGUUAAUAUUCAAUAUGGAAAAUAAUUAUCGAGAUUGCAUUUUUGCCAUAUCUGCCAGCCCUAACGAAAUAUUUAACGUUAAUAUUCAAUAUGGAAAGUAAUUAUCGAGAUUGCAUUUUUGCCAUAUCGCCCAGCCCUAACGAAAUAUUUAACGUUAAUAUUCGAUAUGGAAAAUAAUUAUCGAGAUUGCAUUUUUGCCAUAUCUGCCAGCCCUAACGAAAUAUAUAUCGUUAUUGUUUAGUAUAGAAAAUAUUCAUCGAGAUUGCAUUUUUGCCAUAUCGCCCAGCCCUUUCAAAAUAUAUAUAUCGUUAUUGUUCAAUAUGUAAAAUAUUCGAGACUGCAUUUUUGUCUUAUCACCCAGCCCUAUCUAAAUAUAUAUUGUUAUCGUUCAAUAUGGAAAGUAAUUAUUGAGAUUGCAUUUUUGCCAUAUCGCCUAGCCCUAGCUCAUCCCUAUUGCGUUUCUGACCAUCAACAAUGCGCACAUUAAGAUAUCGAUGCUGAAACUAGAUAUUAUGCAUCCCUUGUUUACUGUAGCAUUUUAAAGUCGCGUAUAUCAGUGGAUCCAUCAGCGGAUCGCUCGUUUGUCAGCUCAUAGACAGACCAGCUGAUCGAUGCAAUUUUGACACACUCCAGUGAUCUAGGGAUGCACACUAUGUAGUAUCAGCGGUGAAAUAACAUUUUUCUUUUUUACAAUCCUAUUUGCUGAAUUAAUGAAAGUAAAACUCCACAAUGGUGUUAUCAAGACAUUCAAAUAAAGAAAUCAAAUUGAGACUAAAAAUAGUAGCCAGAAGCGAGAAUAAAGUCAAAUUGACAGUCCCACCUCCGUACACUCUGCAUUACAAACGCCUCACACCAGCGGUAAUUCGUUUUUUGUAAUUUGAUGUGAAGACGUUAUACUACAUACAUAAAUACAUGACAAAUGUUCAAAUGUUUUUUUUAAAUGAGAAUAUUUAAAUCUUUCAAGGAUUAAGGAUGCUGAUGAGCGUUUAACGUGUCAUAACAGUCUUUUGAAAAGGGUCUAUCCAUGUUUGGAAUCACUUCUGGAAGCUGAUUGUGAUGUAAACAAUGGCAGCCAAUCAGAAUCUAUCUUUAAAGAGAUUAAACCUGUGGGACGGCAAA